AUGACCACGCUGGAGCUCACGGCGCUGUCAUUUUCCUUGACCAUGAUCGCCACUGCUCUCUGCUGGUUUCCUAAACCCCAGAUCAAUGCACCUUUGACGAUCCGCACUAAUAACGACCGAGCGGUAGAGGAGAUACGAAAGAUUGCUCGAGAAACGAAGUCGAGAAGACAUUAUGGCACGUCGCCAGCUGCUGUCACUUAG